ACGAGCCGAGUCCGCGAAGACUGAGCACCGAGCGCUGUCGACAGAAACGUGUACGGCGAAGUGCGGUCGACUCGUCGAUUCGCAGCUGUCUAACCGCGUUUGUCAAUUUUAAAGUUUUUCUCGAAACGCGUGUGUAAAUAAACAAAUUGUCUUAUUACUUUUCGUUAUGAAAAUGAAGUGAAACAUAUGUUUGUUUAUUAAUCGUGCAUAAUCGUAAACAGUGGAGAGCUUCGAUAGUUCAUAGUCUUCGAAACCUUAACCGCUUCUCGCAAUGACAAGGGAGAGCAUUAAGUUACCUUUUGAGAAAACGGAGGAAUUUAAACUGUUGUUUCUUAUGGUUUAAAUUGAUGCUUUUGUAACGUAUAAGUGAAUUCGUUGAGUAUAAGAACUACUGUGUUUCGUUUUGUGACAAUUUGGAGCGUUUUCGUUUAGUCGGUUGUUAGUCGCGACGCAUUAAAAAUGAGUGUUCUAAGUGGUUUGAGCAAGGCUGACUUCAAAACGGCGAGUGAUGGGCUACUGGAGCUCUCUGAAGAGCGGCUCCGGAGCAUCAUGCGUACGGAGCCGAUCACAGACGUGUACCACGUCGAACAGACACCCUUUGCAAGGGGCAAAUUCGCGUCGGUCCGCAAAAUUCGGCACCUGGUCUCCGGCGAGGAGUACGCAGCCAAGUUCAUCCGCAAGCGGAGACGUGCCGCGGACACAACGCGAGAGAUACAGCACGAAGUGGCAGUGCUCGCCCUGUGCGCCACCAGCUCGCGGGUCGUGAGCCUACACGAGGUAUAUGAAACACGUUCAGAAGUUGCCAUAGUGCUUGAGCUGUGCACGGGGGGAGAGUUGCAGAGACUUCUAGACGAGGAGGAGCGGCUAACAGAGGGUGCGGCGCGCCGGGCCCUCCGCCACGUGCUAGAAGGGCUGGCACACCUGCACGCGCGCAGGGUCGCGCACUUGGACCUUAAACCACAGAACCUUCUGUUGACCGCAGCGGGAGAAGAACUUUUAAUCUGCGACUUUGGAAUCAGUCGAGCUAUCCAGCCCGGCGCACAUGUUCGUGAAAUAUUGGGCACAAGAGAUUAUGUCGCCCCAGAAAUACUCUCCUACGAGCCGCUAUCCCUGGCGGCGGACAUCUGGUCGGUGGGAGUCCUGGCCUACGUCCUCCUCAGCGGAUACUCACCGUUCGCCGGGGACACGAAGCAGGAGACCUACCUGAACAUCGCACAGUGCCAGCUGUCGUUCCCGCGAGAUCUCUUCCGAGGAGUCUCGCAACGUGCCAUCCAAUUCAUCAAAGAGACCCUUGUGGUUGAUCCCAAGGGUCGUCUUACAGUGGAAGAGUGCCUGGAGCACCCCUGGUUGAAAGACGAGGCAGACAUACCGCCCGCCAUCGUUGGCGUUGGCUUCGGCGCCACCGACCUUGCCAGCGAUGACGACACGCCCAACGACCUCGACAGUCUCAACGGGCACAACGGCCACAAUGGAGUUAACGGACACAACGGUCACAACGGCACAACAGUCAACGGUGUGAACGGAGUCGGUUCAGUUAACGGUGUCAACGGUUGCUCCAAUGUCAACGGAGUGAGCGUCAACGGAGUCAAUGGAGUCAACGGACACAACGGCGUCAGUGAAUGCAAUGGCACCAAUGGUGCGCACGAUGAUAAUGACUCAGAGUCGCGCCCCGCGUCGCCCGCGCCCUCGGGGGAGCGAGGAGACAGAGAUGAGGAGGAACGAGACAAGCCGCUAAAGCACGCGCACGCGAGAGACGUCUCCCCUCCCUUCCCGGACGCGCCCUCCACACCUAAGGUAUCGCGCAAGUCGCACCCCCACCCGCCGUCCGUGCUGGCGCUGUGCAAGAAGUUCCAGCCCGACUACGAGAAGCCGGCCAAGCUUGCGCACGCGCACGCGCACGGCGACUGCGGCGGCUGCGCGUGCCCCGCCCCGUGCGCGCCCAUGCGCGUGCGCGCGCCGCAGGACCGCGCCGUGCUGUGCUAG